ACCAUUACAGCACGACUGAAAUCACAUCUUCCAAAAAGUGUACAUUUAAUAAUGAGUUUACAAUUAAUUGUGUGUAAUCCUCUGUCCUCGCAGGACUUUCUGUAGAAAGUGUGGAAAAAGGGCCCUAUAGUGUAUGUGCGGAGAUACUUCUUUGAGGCAGAAUAAGUGUAUUUGUACAUUACUCCCCUUCCACCAGGCAAUGGCUCAAGCUGGGCGAAGGCGUGCCGAGUCCGGACGCAGGGUGGUAGGUACCGCAACAUUGUUAGCGUCCACAGAGGGGCUUGGCUUGGACCUAAUUAGCUUAGCUAAUGUUUUGCACCAUUGAUGUUGCUGUUGUUGUAAUAGUAGCAGUCAGACUGGCAGCCCACAUUUUUGACAAGUUGCAUGCAUUGAGGAACAGAAGCAACAAAUCCACUUUUUGAUGUAAAAUGCAAAUUAUUCCAUCACUUGUAUUUUAAUAAGCAGUCAUUGCAUCAAAGCUUAACAGUUCUGAAACAAUGCACAGUUUCUAGCAGAACACGUUUAUUCAUUUAGUCUAGUGGUGUCCAAAGUGUGCCCAGGUGCGCCACUCUCAAAAAUUGGUUUGGCAUGCUUGAUGCCAGUGUUUCCAGGAGGCCAGUGGGAAUGUUAAUCCUGGUGAUGAAGAUGGCUUCACCGAGGGCUUCCACUGUCUGGAACUGAUGUCCAUUUUUGUAAACUUCUAUUGCCAUCCACCCCCAAAUGUUCUCAAUUGGAUUUAGAUCAGGGUACUCAGGAUGGUCCAAAAGAGUGACAUCAUUCCUCUGGAGGAAGUCCUUUGUUAGGCGGACAUUGUGAAUUGCAGCUUUGUCCUGUUGCAAAACCCAGUCAUUACCACACAGACAAGGGGGCCUUCAGUCAUGAGGGAUGCUCUUUGCAACAUCUCCACGUAGCCAGCUGCCAUUUGACGCCCCUUCACAACCUGUAGCUCCAUUGUUCCACUGAAGGAAAAUGCACCCCGGAUCAUGAUGCGCCCCCUCCACUGUGCCAUCAGAAAGACAUUUCAGGUGGGCUCUCCUUGUUGCACCACGAAUGUUGGAAGCCAUCAGGACCGUCAGGUUACAUUUUUUUCUCAUCAUGAGAAUAAAACUUUCUUGCACCUUUCAGUGUCCCAUGUUUGACGCUCUCGUGCAAAUUCCAAACGGGCAAUUUUGUGGCGUUGAAGGACAUGAGGCCUUUGAAGAUGAUUUUUCUUCUCAAAACCCUUCUCUUGCAGACGCCGUCUGAAGGUUAUUGAACUGCACUUGGCACCAGUAACAACCUUUGGGCCGAGGCUCAUCUCGUGUCUUGACGGACAGCUAACCGGAUCCUCCGGUUUAGGGCCUAUGAAAUUUUUGGGGUCUACCACUUGACUUUUUUGUUCCAUAACCAUUGGGAUUUUAAAGUUUUAAAUGACUGACAGGUCUGAUGAUAAAUAAAAAUGAUGAAAUGUCAAGAGAUCAUGACAGUGUGAAAACCUGACAGAAGAUCAUAUUGAACCCACUUGUUUCCAAGAUUUUGGCUUUUAAAGUCUGGAACGUAGUUCUGCUUAGUUGCUGAGUCAUUUAAGUAAAGACUUUGGCUUCUCAAAACAAUAUGUGUUACAAGAGUAGAGUAAUACAUUUGCGUCAUAAAAAUAACCUCCUCAAAAAAAUCAGACCUCACAAAUCGCUCUGCGUUAUAUCUGUAUCCCGCUGUGUCCCUGCGCACUGCCACCUCUCCAUUUGUGUGGAUGUGACCAUCUUGUUUAUGUGUGUUCCACAGCUAAACAAGAUGUGAUGUAAUUGUUAAGUAAAUGAGCAAUGGCCCACCUCCCUUUUAUGAGAAUGGUCUGAUGAUUGUAACUACGGUACCUAAAAGAUUACAAAACGCCUCCUCAAGUAGGAGGCCAAUCGCAGGCAGUCUUCAUCCUGUGAGUCAUCCUUAUAAGGUGGAUGACCUGUUACUCUUCUCAACAUUGACUGCUCACAGAAACUUCUAUCAACACCACCAUGAAGGCUUGAAUAGGCUUGCUAAUAUGACAGCAACUCUUGGUGGAGCAAUUCAUGAGAUUCAUGGAGAGUGGACUUAUAAAAGAUGUCAUGUUAAUCCAACACCUCAGUGUGUGUAUUGGGGAUGUAAAAGCUACCUGUACAUCGAUGUGAUCUUCAUUAUUUGCUUUGACACAGUCUGCUAGUCUUUUUCAUCUGGGAUUUAUUUCAUGGAUGCUGAAUUCAAUGGAACAUAUAUAACUCUCGGUGGCUAUAUAGCAGUGGACAAAUACAGAUAUCUUUACUUUGUCAUCUUGAUGACACUCUAUAUUCUUAUCCUGUGCACUAAUUGCACCAUUAUAUGUCUAAUCUGGAUUCACAGGAACCUUCAUGAGCCUAUGUACAUUUUCAUUGCAGCUUUGUCACUCAACUCUGUUUUGUUUAGCACUGCCAUCUACCCCAAACUUUUCAUUGACGUCUUAUCUCAAAAACAGACCAUUUCUCAUUCAGCUUGUAUGUUUCAAUAUUUUAUAUUUUAUUCUUUAGGCACGUCAGAUAUCUUACUGCUGUCAGCCAUGGCUUAUGACAGGUAUGUGUCUAUCUGCAAACCUCUGCAAUAUCCAACUAUCAUGGGAAAUAUAACUGUCACUGUCCUCUUGACUGUGGCCUGGUUUCUACCUGCACUCGAGGUUGCAGUAGCAAUUGUAAUUAAUUCUAAACAAAAACUCUGUGACUUUACAACAAAUGGAAUUUUUUGCAACAAUAAAAUUUUUAGGCUUUAUUGUGUAAAAUCAACAUUUCUUAAGGUUUAUGGUUUGUUUAUCCUGCUAAAUAUUAUUGUUGUUCCUGCGAUUUUCGUCCUUUUUACCUACAUAAAGAUAUUUAUCAUAGCUUAUCACAGUUGUGUAGAAGUCAGAAAAAAGGCUACAGAGACAUGUUUACCUCACCUGAUGGUUUUAAUGUGCUGCUUUUUUUUGUGUAUAUUUGAUGUCAUUUCAGCUCGACUGGAGUCAGAUUUUCCAAAUGGUGCAAAUUUAAUCAUGAGUUUACAAAUAGUUGUGUAUGGUCCUUUGUUCAAUCCAAUCAUAUACGGAGUGAAAAUGAAAGAAAUCUCAAAACACAUCAAGAGAUUGUUGUGUCAGCUUGUGACUACACGCAAUUUCUACAAGUAAUCCUUAGAAAAUGUCAUUUACAUUAGAAAGUGGCAUUUAUAAGAU